UGACAAAUGUGAAUGUUGACGUUUUCUGACUUAUAUCAAUCGGAGAGGUAAACCUGAGAACCGUUAGCUAGGUUAGCAUUAGCUGGCCAGCUAACGGAGACUAGCUUACAGCGGUUAUAUGAGCCGCUAGCAUACCUGGCAACAUUAGGUUAUGGCUUUGAGGUUAAAAAUGGGAUGACACGAGUUGGGGCGGUUGGUUUGGAGGUUUUGGACAGAAACACACAUUUGGUUGAUGACUAUGCUGCCCCAAAUUACAAAGAUUAGCUGACAUUUGUCGAGUAUGUCGGUCAGAGGGAACCCAGGACAAGCCUCUCUACCAUCCUUGUGUUUGCACCGGCAGCAUCAAAUUUAUCCAUCAAGAGUGUUUACUGCAGUGGCUAAAGCAUAGUAGAAAAGAAUACUGUGAAUUAUGCAAGCACAGGUUUGCAUUUACACCAAUCUACUCUCCAGACAUGCCAUCCCGGUUGCCUGUCCAGGACAUCUUUGCAGGACUGGUCACCAGUAUCGGAACAGCCAUCAGAUACUGGUUUCACUACACACUGGUUGCCUUUGCUUGGCUAGGCGUAGUUCCUCUCACAGCAUGUCGUAUAUACAAAUGUUUAUUUACAGGCUCCGUGAGCUCACUUCUUACCCUGCCUUUAGAUAUGCUGUCAACACAGAACCUGCUUGCUGACUGCCUCCAGGGCUGUUUUGUGGUCACGUGCACACUGUGUGCCUUCAUCAGCCUCGUGUGGCUCCGAGAGCAGAUUGUCCAUGGCGGCGCCCCCCAGUGGUUAGAGCAGAUCCCACCCCCUCUGGUUCCGAACCAGCCGAACGGGCCCGCAGCGGCUAACGAGCAGGAUCCCGGUGCCAACGCGGCCGAUAACGGCCAGGCAGCUGCAGGAGAGCCGCCUCCCGCAGACCCAGACCCAGACGGACGGCCCGGCGACCCGCUCGCAGCCGGUAACCCCAGAGAAGAAGCUGAAGUGGACGAUGACGACGGAGAUGAUAACGGAGAAGAUGACGAUGACGAGGAAGAGGAGGAAGAUGGAAGGGAAGAGGACGGUGCUGAUGCCAACAAUGGAGGGCAAGAAGAUUUGAACUGGAAUGCAUUAGAGUGGGACCGAGCAGCAGAGGAGCUGACCUGGGAACGAAUGCUGGGACUGGAUGGCUCUUUAGUGUUCCUGGAGCAUGUCUUCUGGGUGGUUUCUCUCAACACACUCUUCAUCCUGGUAUUCGCGUUUUGUCCGUACCACAUUGGCCACUUCUCCGUGGUUGGACUGGGCUUUGAAGACUACAUCAAAGCUUCACAUUUUGACGGCCUCAUCACCACAAUACUGGGAUACAUCCUUCUGGCUGGAGCCCUGAUUGUCUGCCAUGCUCUGGCGUCAUUAGUGAAGUUCCAGCGGUCCAGACGCCUGCUGGGCGUCUGCUACAUUGUUGUGAAGGUUUCCUUGCUGGUUGUCAUGGAGAUAGGCUUGUUUCCACUCAUUUGUGGUUGGUGGCUGGACAUUUGUUCUCUGGAGAUGUUUGAUGCCACCCUUAAAGACAGAGAGCAGAGUUUCGACUCGGCUCCUGGUACCACCAUGUUCCUGCACUGGCUCGUUGGCAUGGUGUACGUCUUCUACUUCGCUUCCUUCAUCCUUUUACUCAGAGAGGUGCUCCGGCCCGGCGUUCUGUGGUUUUUGAGAAACCUAAACGAUCCAGACUUCAAUCCCGUGCAGGAGAUGAUCCACCUGCCCAUCUACCGCCACCUCCGCAGAUUUGUGCUCUCUGUGGUUGUGUUUGGCUCCAUUGUUCUGUUGAUGCUUUGGCUGCCAAUCAGAAUCAUCAAGCUGCUUUUCCCGGCCUUCCUUCCGUACAACGUGAUGCUGUACAGCGAUGCCCCCGUCAGUGAGCUGUCCCUGGAGCUGCUGCUGCUUCAGGUGGUCCUGCCGGCGCUGUUGGAGCAGGGCCACACUCGCCAGUGGCUCAAGCGCCUCGUCCAUGCCUGGACGUACACGGCCGGAUACGUGCUUGACCUUCACUCGUAUUUGCUGGGGGAGCACGAAGACGAGGAAAACCAACCAAACAACAUUCCUGAUCGCCACAACAACAAUCGGAUCCCCGGUUUGGGAGAAGGGCUCCACGCCGCUCACCAGGCCAUCUUACAGCAGGGAGGGCCCGUCGGUUUCCAGCCGUACCACCGGCCCCCCAACUUCCCCCUGAAGAUCGUUCUCCUUGUUGUCUUCAUGUGUGUGACUCUGUUACUAGCGAGUCUCAUCUGUCUCACACUGCCGGUGUUUGUGGGCCGCUGGUUGAUGUCUCUGUGGAUGGGCAGCGCGGUGGUCCAUGAGCUGUACACAGCAGCCAGCGGUCUGUACGUCUGCUGGCUGUCCAUCCGAGCGGCGACGGUGCUGCUGUCCUGGAUGCCUCAGGGCCGCACCGUCAUCAUGCUCAAAGUGCACGAGUGGACACUCAUGAUCGUCAAGACUGUUGUGGUCGCUGUGAUGCUCGCCGGGGUCAUUCCUUUGCUUCUGGGCCUGCUGUUUGAGCUGGUUGUUGUCGCUCCUCUCCGAGUUCCUCUGGACCAAACGCCUCUGUUCUACCCCUGGCAGGACUGGGCUUUGGGAGUUCUUCAUGCGAAAAUCAUCGCAGCCAUAACCCUGAUGGGCCCUCAGUGGUGGCUCAAAACUGUCAUCGAGCAGGUGUACGCUAACGGCAUCAGAAACAUCGACCUGCACUUCAUCGUGCGAAGGCUGGCCGCCCCGGUCAUUUGUGUGCUGCUGCUCUCCCUCUGUGUGCCGUACACCAUCUCUAAAGGCAUUACACCGCUGCUGGGAGUGCAGCCAGAGAUGCAGACGCUGGUGGAGAGGAGAAUCUAUCCGUUUCUGCUGAUGGUGGUCGUCCUGUUGGCCAUCCUGUCCUUUCAGAUCCGCCAGUUCAAACGCCUCUAUGAACACAUCAAAAACGAUAAAUACCUGGUCGGGCAGCGGCUGGUCAACUAUGAGAGGAAGGCGGGCCGGAGCACAUCUACGCCUCCUUUCAACCCCCCUUCAUAAGACUGCUGCCAGAUCGGGAAUGAAGACAAUUUAGUUUCACCUCGUUUGUUUUAGUCUUUUUUUUUUACUUCUGGAAUCAUCUUAAAUAGAAGACAUUUACUGAAGUUUUAACUGGAAAGAUUUGACCUGUGACGAACAGAAGAACAAACCUAUGAAUAUACUUCCUGUUUAGCAAGCCUUUUUCCUCUCAGCCCAGCUGAUACUCAACGUUUUGUUUAAUGAAGGUUUGGUAACAGUCAGGUAAGCUAAAUUAGCUUGAACCUCCGACUGAGCUUCUUUGUAGUGAAGUGUUGUUUUAUUGUUUUGCAGCUGUUCAUUUUGGAGGAAAUGCUUCACAGUCGUGUCCUCAUUGCUGAGUUUUUUACUUUCAAAGAUAGUCUGGUGUCGAGGGCAGACGCUUCACGUUGCAGUGUGGUUAGAUUCUUGUCCUUUGAUAAAAUACAUUUUUUUAGAUACGUUUUCAUUUUUUUAUGUUGUAGGAGUGAGUUGGAAUUUAGUCAUUUCAAAAAAUUGUUUUCUUUUUUAAUUCUUGUUUUUGAAAGUUUUAGCAGCAUCUCAGACUUAUGAUUGGUUCCUGGUUGUAAAAAAAAAAAGAAAAAAAAAAAAAAAAAGAUUUUUUUUUUUUCCCCACAGGUCCAGGAUACAUUGUUUGUAAAAAAGGAGAAGAAACCCAAAUUGAGAUGCGACAGAACAGCCAGAGGGCCAAUGAGCUGUCAGAGUUAACCACUAGUACAAAAAUCCACACUACUGUCAUGUAGUUUUCUUCUUUCUGGCUUGUGUCGUUUGAUUGCUGAAUUUGCCUGUGGAUUUUUUUUUCGGCAGGCGUCACACUCAUAGGAAUGAAACUUAAUGACCGAUUCAAGCUUUUGUGUGAGCUUGAUGUACAAACAAACUAUGCGACCUCAGAAAUGUUCACACACUUACGAUGUAUAAAUGUUUACUCAGAACAAAUCCAGUGACUCUUUCGCUGUUCAAGUUCAUUGUGUGCAAUCUAGCAGUCAUGAGGCAGCACUUCUGAAGCUAGAAAACACCAAUCUGUUAAUUAUUGGACUAACUUCCUGAUUUUUUUUCCCUAGGGUAAAGCUGUCAUUGUCUUCCAGACUUAGUUUGCUGAAGCAUUAGCUGUUGAUCAUUUCCUCACGUUUGUCAUUUAAGUUGCUUCUUCCUCGCUGUCUUAGUCAACCAGUUCUGAAGUAUGCUCUACCACUCGCAUGAUAACUGCAUGCGUGUGUAUCGAACAAUAUUGUAAAUGAACUUGCUGUUACGCUGACUUCCAGAUGAGACAAUUAAUGCAACUGUCAACGUUUUUUUUUCUUUUUAGCCAAAAGACUGAAAACAAACUGACCUAAUUGGUAGAAAUACUGUCAGCAGCUCCGCUAAAGCUUUAACACCCUAACAGUUGUGUAUGUAAACAAAAUGUCCACAAUUAGGGAUUUCUGGAACUUCACUCUAUGUAUGUUUGUUCACUUCCAUGUCAUUAUUCCAACGUCAUCUUCUUCAAAAAGCACUAUUCGCAUGUUAACAUCUGCCAUCUUUCUAACGUGACUAGAUUGUCUGCUUAGCUCAGCUUCACUAAACCCAUGUUUAGAUAUGACCCCCAAAUAUAUAACUAGGACAACAUUCAACAAAACCUAAAACCCAACCACCUCCAAACUCUUGUAAAAACUGUUUUUUGGAUGUAUUAUAAAGUCCUACAAUACAAAACAUUGAUAAAGUUCAAUACUUUAGUUUAUUUUUUAUUUUUUGCACUUUAUUUCACAGGUGCAAUCUUUUCAAACUGUCAGAACCCAAAUAUCAUGGCAGCGUUUCUGUACUUAAAUGUUUCCCACUUUAAAACAAAACAAAAACUAGAGUGUUUGACAGCAGUGACUGUACAAUUCCAAUCUAGUUGGUAUUGAUUGUAGAUGUUUUUCACUUUGACAGCUGCAGGUUGUUUUGCUGAAUGCUCACAUUAAAUGCUAUGAAGUGACCUUUUAGUAUCUUGAAACAGCUCGACAGCUUAAGGAUUUUCAUGUUGAAUUUCAAUUUCUAAAAGAAAAUGACGUCUAUUUUUUUACAUGUACAAAUAAAAGAAGCUAGUGGGGUGUACUGUAACAUAGAAAUGUGAACUGAAAGUUCUAUUGAUUGUUGGUUCUGUCACAAAACAGUAAUAAACUGUUGUAAAUAUUC